CCGCUGAGCUCCAGGCUGGGGCGGCGGCGCCUGCGAGAGGGCGGACCGGGUCAGCUGCUGCAGGCGGGGCCGCGUGCGGAGCUGUGGGCGGCUGCCGAGUGUCCUGCCGCCGCCCAGCCUUCGCCACGAUGCCGGGGAUCGACAAGCUGCCCAUUGAAGAGACCCUGGAGGACAGUCCGCAGACAAGGUCUUUACUGGGUGUAUUUGAAGAAGAUGCUACUGCUAUUUCCAAUUAUAUGAACCAAUUGUAUCAAGCUAUGCAUCGGAUUUAUGAUGCACAGAAUGAAUUAAGUGCAGCAACACACCUGACUUCGAAACUUUUGAAAGAAUAUGAAAAACAGCGUUUUCCUCUGGGGGGUGAUGAUGAAGUUAUGAGCUCUACUUUGCAGCAGUUUUCCAAGGUCAUAGAUGAGCUUAGUUCUUGUCAUGCAGUACUUUCAACUCAACUUGCUGAUGCCAUGAUGUUCCCUAUUUCCCAGUUUAAAGAAAGAGAUCUGAAAGAAAUAUUGACACUAAAAGAGGUAUUUCAGAUCGCUAGUAAUGAUCAUGAUGCUGCAAUUAAUAGGUACAGCCGAUUGUCAAAAAAGAAAGAAAAUGACAAGGUAAAGUAUGAAGUAACAGAGGAUGUGUAUACUUCUAGGAAAAAACAACACCAGACCAUGAUGCAUUAUUUUUGUGCACUAAAUACUCUUCAGUACAAGAAGAAAAUAGCUUUGUUAGAACCUCUACUUGGAUACAUGCAGGCUCAGAUAAGUUUCUUUAAGAUGGGUUCUGAAAAUCUCAAUGGACAACUGGAAGAAUUCUUAGCUAACAUUGGAACAAGUGUACAAAAUGUUCGAAGAGAAAUGGAUGGUGAUGUAGAGACCAUGCAGCAGACAAUAGAAGACUUGGAGGUAGCCAGCGACCCUUUAUAUCUGCCUGACCCAGAUCCCACCAAGUUUCCCGUUAAUCGAAAUUUAACCCGAAAGGCUGGAUACCUAAAUGCUAGGAAUAAAACAGGCUUGGUGUCAUCUACCUGGGAUAGGCAGUUUUACUUCACGCAGGGUGGAAACUUAAUGAGUCAAGCCCGUGGAGAUGUGGCAGGAGGCCUAGCCAUGGACAUAGACAACUGCUCAGUGAUGGCUGUGGACUGUGAAGAUAGACGAUACUGUUUUCAGAUCACUUCUUUUGAUGGAAAAAAAUCUUCAAUUUUGCAAGCAGAGAGUAAAAAAGACCAUGAAGAGUGGAUCUGUACAAUAAACAACAUAUCUAAACAAAUAUACUUGAGUGAAAAUCCAGAGGAAACUGCUGCACGAGUGAAUCAGUCUGCUCUAGAAGCUGUCACUCCUUCCCCAUCUUUCCAGCAGAGACACGAGAGCCUGCGUCCAGGAGGACAAUCUCGGCCACCAACAGCUCGAACCAGCAGUUCAGGGUCCUUGGGAUCAGAGUCUACAAAUUUGGCUGCCCUCUCUCUAGAUUCUCUUGUUGCUCCAGAUACACCAAUACAGUUUGAUAUAAUUUCUCCUGUGUGUGAAGAUCAGCCUGGCCAGGCAAAAGCCUUUGGUCAAGGAGGCAGGCGUACAAAUCCAUUUGGAGAAUCUGGAGGAAGCACAAAAUCAGAAACGGAAGACUCUAUUCUUCAUCAGUUGUUUAUUGUCCGAUUCCUUGGUUCUAUGGAGGUUAAGUCAGAUGACCAUCCAGAUGUUGUCUAUGAAACAAUGCGCCAGAUCUUAGCUGCUCGAGCCAUCCACAACAUCUUCCGUAUGACAGAAUCACAUUUGUUAGUCACUUGUGACUCUUUGAAGUUAAUUGAUCCGCAGACUCAAGUUACAAGACUCACAUUUCCAUUACCGUGUGUAGUUCUGUAUGCUACUCACCAGGAAAAUAAACGACUUUUUGGAUUUGUUCUCCGGACAUCAGGUGGAAGAAGUGAGAGUAAUUUGUCAUCAGUCUGCUAUAUAUUUGAAUCAAACAAUGAGGGGGAAAAGAUUUGUGAUUCUGUUGGAUUGGCAAAACAGAUAGCUUUGCAUGCUGAACUGGAUCGUAGGGCAUCAGAAAAACAAAAAGAAAUAGAGAGAGUAAAAGAGAAACAACAGAAAGAACUCAGCAAACAGAAACAGAUUGAGAAGGACUUGGAAGAACAGAGCCGGUUGAUAGCUGCCUCCAGUAGACCAAACCAGGCUGGUAGUGAGGGCCAGCUUGUUCUUAGCAGUAGCCAAUCAGAGGAGAGUGAUUUGGGAGAAGAAGGAAAAAAAAGAGAAUCAGAAGCAUAAACUCGUUGUUGCUUUUUGAUUUCCCCCUUUCCCUGGAAUGUGGUACAGUGUAUCCAUGCUAAAGAUCAAGGAAGAGACUAAGCUUUAUAGUGGGUGUUUCGGCUUCAUUUUAAAAAACUGAACUUGAUAACAGGUUAUAUCUAACAUUUCCCCUUAAAAAUAAAAUACUAUGCAUUAUCAUCCAACUCUGCUCUCCUAAACAACACCUGCUCACUUUUCUGUAGUAGAUUGCUAAGGAGUUAUACUUGCUCAAAAUAUUUUUCCUGUAAAUUGUGACCAUUUUAUGAUGCAUUGUAAUUGGCUGUCUCCCUAAGAAAUCAUUUAUUCCUCGGACUCUGCCCUCCGUGUGUGCUCUCCUUCCAUUAGGAAUGUCUUAUGGUAGUGAGGGAGUGGUCAACUGGAUGAACUUAAAAUCCUUUGUGUGGAGAAUUCUACAAGUUUGCAAAUGUUCUAACAAUAUUGAGUGUGCAAUAGAAUUUGUACAAAAUCACUAGGACGGGCAGGUCGUGCUGUUGACUUCAGGGUGUUUUGUGGCUUGUUCCAUUGCUCUGAUGUACUCGAUCCUGGCAGUGGGAGAGACCUCAAGUGUCUGUUGGUGUUUGGUAUGGUCCUUGGUGUUUUGUUACCAUCUUCUCGGUUCUCAGGUUGGGACGUUACUUAUUGCUGCAGAACAGUGAGGGUUAGAGUAAGACUUCAGAAUUUAUUGAGAUUGUUGUUGUUGUUCAGACAUUUUAUAUUAGAAUUGACAAGUAAAGGGAGUGUGGUAGACUGAUACAUUGUAUUUUCUGUAUUGUGAAAUAAUUUUUAAUGACAAUGAGUGACAUUUCAAAAGAUGUUCUAUAACAAUUAUGUUUACUGCUUAAAUAAAAAUGUGCAGCUUAGUUUAGAAAACAUAAUCUUUUAAAUUUCAAACUGAUAAUCCCAGUAUUUUCAUAAUCCCACAUUUUGAUAAUGUAUUGAAUUGCCACUUUAUAUCUACAAAGGCAAAUAACUAAUUUAUGAGUGUAGAAUAAUUUGCACUAAUUAUUGUAAAUACUUUUACUUUUCAAAUGAGUAAAAGAUCUAAUUCCAUGAAAGACUGAAAAAGAAUUGAACACCUCAUAUAGGACCAAGGAUGGAGUUAGCUUGCUACCAAGGUUGACAUGUCAAAACUUUCUUUACUCAGAUUUUAAACUGUGUUUAUAAAUUUUAUUUUCAUGUGUUCUACAUGAAAGGGUGUAUAUAUACAUAUGUAUACAGGUUAAAUAUAUUGAUUAGUAUUUUACAUAGUCAUACAUUUAUAGAUUUUCAAGAGGUUAACCAGUAAUUUCACAGGUAGUUUUCCCUUUGUUCUGAAUUAGAAGUGGUUUCUGUUUUAGUUUUCAGCAUAUAGUAACUCAGUUCCACACUCUGUAAGUGCACUGUUUCUGUAGGAACAAGAUAACAAUACAUAUAGGAUCACGAUAUUCUUUUUAUCCAUGUGCCAAAUGGGACUAAUGGUUAUUUAAUACUCUUUAAAGUCUUAGGUUACCCAAACAUGCAGUUAAUAAUUAUCAAUUUAUGGAGUGCAUUUGGCUAACUGUCUAUUUUGGGCUUACUAAAGGGAAUGCUUUCACAGUAGUGUUUCCUUCUUGUUCAACUAUAAACUGCUGUGCUUAGAACUUGGUUAGUAGUGGCAAGUCUUGCUUUUAAGACUUUUUUUUGAGAUUGGUAAGGUUUCUGGUUUUUGUUGUUGUUGCUAUUGGGUUGUUGUUGUUGUUGUUGUUGUUGUUGUUGUUUGUUUGAUUUUGGCAGUGAUAGGGAUCAAACCCUGGGUCUUAUUAAACUACCACAGAGCCACACCACCAUCCCAGGUUUUCAGUUUCAUGAAGUCUUUUCUUGAUAGAAGAUGUCAUGCUUACUUCAGAUGAACUGAGUCAUCAGGAGGCACUUUUAUUUGGUUGGUGCUUUGCAUGGUAGCAAAAUACUGAUAUUUGGAUAAAAAUUUAGGUCAGAGGUAAAAAUUUUCUAAUUCUUUUUAAGUGUGUUGUAUAGGAAUUUCCCCAGUUGUGUUCAUGUCCAUAGGUCAGACAAAAGUGUGUUCCAAUGCCCAGGACACAUCUUGAGUGGAUCAAACAGUUUUGGAUGAUUUAACCUCUGUCACUGUUAAACUUGUGGACUUGUGCUCCUCAGCUUCUAGCAGCUCUCCUGCUGGAAGAAGUCUGCCUGUGAGCUUCUUCCUAAAUGGCAGUGCAGACCUUACUCUGAUAUACUGUCCUCCAGAAUCUAUCUCUCCAGUUUUUUAGAAAUUAACAAAAUUGCUUUUUAAAAAAAUGAAAUUUAGCCUACCUAAUUAUACUCUGCAUUCUUUUACCUAUAUUGACAGUACUUGCGUAACUGUGGUAAUAGACUCAAUAGAAAUCACUCACUUCUGUGUCCUUGCUAGAGACUUGCAUAAACUUGCUAAAGACUGAAACAGUCCAUUUGAACAGAGUCCUUGGAUCCCUGAAGCUAAUCUUGUUUUUGCCAUUAUUUAAUGAUUACUUGGUGUUUAGUUCCACAGUGUUGGGAUGAGAAACUUGCCAUUAUUUUUGAGAAAAGGAUAGUAAGAUGUACGUAACAUUGUAGGUAACAUGAUUUUGUGCAGUGAACACUCACGAGUAACAGGAACUGCACUAUUUACGGUUUAAACUGACAAUGCUGGCAGACCCUUAAAGGUAGUAUAUUACAAAGUCUUCUGACAUAUGAAUGAAAUAAAAAAUAUUUGCUUUAAUAACGGAGUCUCAGCAUUUAGAUCAUAUUUUUAAAUAUUUAACCACAUCAGUGUAUGUAGCAAGCAAACUUAAUUUUUUUUAGCAAGUUUGUUUUAUUUGAGAUUUUGUUUUGAGAUUUUUAUUCUAUAUUAAUAACAAAUAUUUGAAACUAGAACCAUACUGAACUUUUUUUUAAUGAUAAGAUUAAAUGGAUUUUAAAGGAAAAAUUAUUUAAAUUUUUAUUUGUUAAUAGUCAUGGGUAGCAUAAAAAUACUAAUGUUAAUCAAAAUACUUCUAAAAGUACUUUAAAAGUAUCUUAAAGAUCUUCAUUAGGCUAAUUUCUAUGUAUUUCCUUUCCAGGAGUAUUCUUCUUAACAGCAUAGGCUUAUUAAGACUACAGGAAAUGGAAGUUUGAGGAUUGGCCACACCAAGAGCAAUGACUUCACUGAUUUCUCGAUUUUCCUUUCUCUGUAGUUUUGACCUCUCAUCAGGCACUGUCCUGGAAAGGUUCUGGUCAUGCUGCCUCUCUUUUCACUGUCAUGACAGAUUCCAUCCCUUUCACGGACCUUUCCAUUCUUUUUCCACGUUUUUUGAUUUCAGCUCUUCUUUCUCUGGCUUUCUGGGCCACUGCUCUAAGUUUCUCUUCAUGUUUCUCCUUUCUUCUUUCUUUCUACUUGGGCUCGCAUAUCCACUGCUUCUCGAGCCUUCUGAUCAGCAAUGUAUAGUGCUUCAGCCAAUUUGGCAAAUUUUUCAUUUAUAUGGACCCUCUAAAGUCCUCUUCUAUCAGCAGCCAGCCGAUAUCUAAUGGAAUGGCACACCCCUUAGAGUUCUUCCAUUUGGAAAUACAAGGAGGGGUUUUCCACUCCUGCUGUUCCUUUACAGUCAUCUUCUGAGGAGAGUGCCUUACAGGUGCAGGAGAAGAUGGUGGUCCCCAAGGUAUUUUCUUAACUAAUCUUGAAUCUUGGAGGCUCCAUUGGGUCUCUCUGCAUUUCUCCUAUCCGAAUAACCCUCUGUUUUGCCCCAGAAUUGAACACUACUCCCUGCUGAGAUGGUGUGUCACUGGUGAGUACCAUCUCUGAAGGGGGACUGGGACAUAAGAAAGAUGAUUCAUUCUUUCUUAGAUAGGGUUUUUCUGUGUAGUCCUGGGAGCUCUGGAUCUCUUUCUACAGACCAGGUUGGCCUAGAUCAGAUACCCACUUGCCUCUGCAUCCCAAGGCGAAGGCAGCAAGGAGAGACUACGGUCCAUACUGAACUUUUAAUUAGACUCUGGCUAUAUUUGUGAGUAACCGACUUCAGUUAUAUGAAUCCUGGGGAUGAAAUGAUAAUUAAUGUGUAAGACUGCUUUGUAUGUUUUGUGGGUUUUGUAAUGUAAGUAAAUUGAUUAACUCUUAUUUCACUGAUAUUAACCAAUUGUGCAGUGUACAGUUAAAAAUCAUUCAGCUUCUCUUUAAAACUGCAUUUGUGAUCAUGGUAUAGCUUGUGGAGCAGAGGACUUAUUUUUUCAUUUGUCAAAAUAGAUAUUUGCUAACAAGGCUUCAAGAAAUGUGUUGGAUUUUUUUUUUAAAUGUAUAAUAAAGUCCAUGAUUUUUAUAUGGUA